GUUACCCAGCCUGAUGUGAUCUCCCAGCUGGAACAAGGGGAAGAGCAGAGAAUCCACACAGGGGAAAGACCCUAUGAAUGCCGUGAGUGCGGGAAAACCUUCAAUCGCAGUUCGCACCUUAUUAGGCAUCAAAAAAUCCACAGAGGAGAGAGGCCCUAUGAAUGCAGUGAAUGUGGAAAAUGCUUCACUAGCAGCUCAGACCUUUCUCAACAUCAGAGAAUCCACACAGGGGAGAGGCCUUAUGAAUGCCGUGAGUGUGGGAAAAUUUUCACUUACAGAUCAGACCUUUCUAGACAUCAGAGAAUCCACACAGGGGACAGGCCCUAUGAAUGCACUGAGUGUGGGAAAACCUUCAAUCGCAGUUCGCACCUUAUUAGGCAUCAAACAAUCCACAGAGGAGAGAGGCCCUAUGAAUGCCGUGAGUGUGGAAAAUGCUUCACUAGCAGCUCAGACCUUUCUCAACAUCAGAGAAUCCACACAGGGGAGAGGCCCUAUGAAUGCCGUGAGUGUGGGAAAAGCUUCACUUACAGAUCAGGCCUUUCUAGACAUCAGAGAAUGCACACAGGGGAGAGGCCCUAUGAAUGCCGUGAGUGUGGGAAAAUUUUCACUUACAGAUCAGACCUUUCUAGACAUCAGAGGAUCCACACGGGGGAAAGACCCUAUGAAUGCCGUGAGUGUGGGAAAACCUUCAAUCGCAGCUCGCACCUUAUUAGUCAUCAAACAACCCACACAGGGGACAGGCCCUAUGUAUGCAGUGAGUGUGGGAAAACGUUCACUCAAAGAUCAGCCCUUCCUGCUCAUCAGAGAAUCCACACAGGGGACAGGCCCUAUGAAUGCAGUGAGUGCGGGAAAACCUUCAAUCACUGCUCAAACCUUAUUACCCAUCAGAGAAUGCAGAGCCGGGAGAGACCCUACAAAUGCAGUGAGUGUGGGAAAACCUUCAAUCGCAGCUCACACCUUAUUGCCCAUCAGAAAAUCCACACAGGGGACAGGCCCUAUAAAUGCUCUGAGUGUGGAAAAUGCUUCACUGAGAGUUCAGACCUUUCUGUACAUCAGAGAAUCCACACAGGGGAGAGGCCCUACAAAUGCAGUGAGUGUGGGAAAACCUUCAAUCGCAGUUCGGACCUUAUUAGGCAUCAAACAAUCCACACAGGGGACAGGCCCUACGAAUGCAGUGAAUGUGGAAAAUGCUUCACUAGCAGCUCAAACCUUUCUCAACAUCAGAGAAUCCACACAGGGGAGAGGCCCUACGAAUGCCGUGAGUGUGGGAAAACCUUCACUUACAAAUCAGGCCUUUCUAGACAUCAGAGAAUCCACACAGGGGACAGGCCCUACGAAUGCAGAGAGUGUGGGAAAACCUUCACUCAAAUAUCAGCCCUUUCUCAACAUCAGAGAAUCCACACAGGGGACAGGCCCUAUGAAUGCAGAGAGUGUGGGAAAACCUUCACUCAAAUAUUAGCCUUUUCUCAACAUCAGAGAAUCCACACAGGGGAGAGGCCCUUUGAAUGCCGUGAGUGUGGGAAAACCUUCACUUACAAAUCAGGCCUUUCUAGACAUCGGAGAAUCCACACAGGGGAAAGACCCUACGAAUGCCGUGAGUGUUGUAAAACCUUCAGUCGCAGCUCGCACCUUAUUAGUCAUCAAACAAUCCACACAGGGGACAGGCCCUAUGUAUGCAGUGAGUGUGGGAAAACGUUCACUCAAAGUUCAGCCCUUUCUGUUCAUCAGAGAAGCCACACAGAUGAGAGGCCCUAUGAAUGCAGAGAGUGUAGGAAAACCUUCACUCACAGAUCAACCCUUUCUGUUCAUCAGAGGAUCCACAGAGGGGAAAGGCCCUAUGUAUGCAGUGAGUGUGGGAAAACGUUCACUCAAAGUUCAGCCCUUUCUCUUCAUCAGAGAAUCCACACAGGGGAGAGGCCCUAUGAAUGCAGAGAGUGUGGGAAAACCUUCAAUCACCGCUCACACCUUAUUACCCAUCAGAGACUCCACACAGGGGAGAGGCCCUAUAAAUGCUGUGAGUGUGGAAAAUGCUUCACGAAGAGUUCAGCCCUUUCUCAGCAUCAGAGAAUCCACACAGGGGAGAGGCCCUAUGAAUGCCAUGAGUGU